UCCACACUCAACUACCGUCGAGCAGAACACACACAAUGUCGUCGCCGUCGACAACGUUCUCUAGACUGCACAUCAUCCCACUUCCUCACCCGCUCGUCCUGCUUCCGUCGGCCAGGGUCACAUUCCCCAUCUCCUUCACCGUCGCUGAAGCACUCUUCACGCUCAUAGACAACGCUGACACCCACCCCACUCUCGCUGCCAUCCCCGUCACCGCGUUUGGCUCUCCCAACAAGUCCACAGCGCCUCUGAAUCAAUGGGGCGUGUCUGCGCGCAUCAUUCGCCUUGCCCACCCGGCAUCAACGCGGUCCACGUCCCAGCCCCACUUGCUCACGCUGCAUGGCCUGGCGCGGGUGCGUCUUAUGGCGCCGGCGGACACCGCUUUGUUCACGCGGCAGGACCCACUGCCCAUGCUCGAAGUGGAACAGUUUGCGCUCGAUGACUUGCCGACCCCUGAGGCCUUUGCGUCCUUCCGCUCGGCCUCGCUGCGCCUCCUCGAACGCCUGGCUCACGACACACAGCAGCCACGAAGGCGUGAGCAGUGGAAGAAGACGGCUGAGAUGGUUGAGGACCUUCCUGAGCAACGGGCGGGACUGAUGGCCGAUGCCCUAGUUGCUGCCGUGAACGCGGAACACAAGGAUAAGCUUGAGUUCCUGUCCGCUGCGGACGUGAACGACCGCCUUAAGUGCGCGACCACCAUCUUCAUCAAACAAGCCUCUAUCUCCGAAGUGUCUACCAAGAUCGCAUCUGCCGUCGACGAGUCUCUUUCUAAGCAGCAAAAGGAGCUAUUCCUUCGGCAGCAGCUUGCAGCCAUCCAGGCGGAACUCAACAGCCUUCAUGCCGGGCAGGAUUCCCCUGCGUCCGAGCUUGACCAGGACGCCGAGGGCGAGGACGAGCUGGCGGAGGUCAAACGCAAGAUAUCAGCUAUGGAGGUCGGAUCGGAGGAAAGGCGCGUCGGUGUGGGCGAGUGGAGGCGUUUGAAGCGGAUACCGCAGCAGAGCGCGGAGUACGGGGUCGUAAGGAACUACCUCGACUGGCUCACGUCCCUCCCUUGGUCAUACACCGAAGCUCCUUCCCCAUCCCCUACCGGUGAUGCACCUAUAGUACAACCUCCCAUCCGGAGCCGAGCCUUCCUGGCGAAUGCGCAGCGCCAGCUCGACGCGGAUCACUUCGGACUCGACCGCGUCAAGCGGCGGCUCAUCGAGUACCUCGCCGUCGUGCGGCUGCGCGAGAUGCAGGCCGCUGAGGAGGAGGCCUCCGAACGCGCGCGCGAGGCAGAGGUAGAAGCGCAGGCGCGGCUCGCCAUCGAGGCGAGCAAGACGCCUGAGCAACUGAAGGCCGAGGCGGCGGCCAAGGCGCUCGUGAGGUAUGACCCCGACGUGAACGCCAAGCUGACCCUGAAGCCUGUCGUGCGACGGCGCGUCAGGAGGGGUAUCAAGGGACCCAUACUGUUGUUUGUUGGGCCUCCAGGCACGGGCAAGACCUCGCUCGGACAGUCGAUCGCUAAGGCGCUCGAUCGGCCGUUCCAGCGAAUCGCACUCGGUGGUGUCCGCGACGAGGGCGAGAUUCGAGGGCACAGACGCACAUACGUCGCGAGCGGACCCGGGCUCAUCGUCCAAGCACUCCGCAAGGCUGGGCGCGCGGAUCCGGUUCUGCUACUGGACGAGAUUGAUAAAGUUGCACAUUCAAAUUUCCAGGGCGACCCCGCGGCGGCGUUGCUAGAGGUAUUGGAUCCUGAGCAAAAUCACGCGUUCAAUGACCAUUACAUGAAUGUGCCGAUCGACUUGAGCCGUAUUCUUUUCAUCUGUACCGCCAACUCCCUCGACACUAUGGCCGCUCCUCUUCUGGACCGGUGCGAGAUUAUCCAGUUGUCUGGUUAUACAUACGACGAGAAGCUGAGCAUCGCGCGGCGCUUCCUCCUCCCAAAGCAGCUCAAAGUGAACGGCCUCUCACCGGAGAAUCUGACGCUCACGGAGCCUGCCCUAUUGUACAUUGUGACGCAUUACACACGCGAGGCCGGUGUGCGCAGUCUUGAGCGUGCUAUCGGAAGCGUCGUCCGGUUCAAGGCCGUCGAGUGGGCUGAGCACAUCGACACGGAGAGUCUGAUGGGGGGCUACCGCAAUGUGGUGGAGGUGCACGAGCUAGAAACCAUUCUCGGUAUUGCGCGAUGGGACGGGGAUGAGCAGGAAAGGGAGCUAAGACGGGGUGUCGUGUACGGGCUCGUCGUUACAGGCAUGGGCGAGGGUGAGAUCAUGCCUGUCGAGACCAUUGCGGUGCCCGGGAGUGGAAAGUUGUUGUUGACCGGCUCCUUGGGCGCGGUCAUCAAGGAGAGCGGUGAAAUCGCGCUGAGUUGGGUCAAGACUCACGCAUACGAGCUCGGUAUCACGAACUCGCGGACGCAGGACCCACUCAAAGUGCCCAAUGUGAUCGACGUGCACCUACAUCUCCCGGCAGGCGCUCAGAAGAAAGAUGGGCCCAGCGCGGGCAUCGCGAUGACCUGCGCGUUUGUGUCGUUGCUGACGGGCGCCUGCGUGCCUCCUCAUAUUGCUAUGACUGGCGAGAUCACCCUCCGCGGACGUGUUACGCCAGUAGGCGGUAUCAAGGAGAAGGUUCUCGGUGCACAUCGUGCACAGAUCACGAAAGUGAUCUUACCGUGGGCGAAUCGCAAGGAUGUAAAGCUCGACGUGCCGGAUGAGGUGCGAAACAGCAUGGAGUUUGUGUUUGUCCACACAGUGCAGGAGGCACUUGAGGCAGCAUUUGGCCAGGGAACAAUAAGGUGGCAGAGUAGGAUGAAUACCAUUGUUGAGGGUCAGCUGUAGGUUCAUAGAGAGUGGAUGUUGCUGGGUGCUGAUGAGAGGACUUGAAUGUUUUGGGAAUUC